GCUAUGAGUUCAACUUCAAGGGCUUUCAAGCUUACGUUAACACCAUCCAUUCUUCUUUCAAUCACUAAAAGCGCAUAUAUCAUUCCAAAAUGUCAGACGCAGCUCGCUGGAAAGCCACUGUCUAUGUAGGCGGACUAUCUCAAAUGGCAACUCAGAGUCAUGUCCUCGACGCUUUCAUCCCAUUCGGUGAGAUAGUCGAGGUCAAAGUACCAAAACCCGAUGCGCCAAACUCUACAGAGGCACACAGAGGAUUCGCCUAUGUCGAGUUCGAAGACGCAGCUGAUGCGAAGGAGGCUAUUGACAAUAUGGAUCAAUCGGAGUUUUUCGGAAAGGUCCUCAAGGUAUCACAGGCCAAGGCACCCAAAAGCGCAGAGGAUGGGCUUGGUAGCAAAACAGCUAUUUGGGAGAAGGAAGGAUGGUUGGCCGAGCAUGCGGCAGAUGAUCAGGAAACAGUGCCAGAUGCUGGUCCUGACCCCAUGCAAGGAUUGGAACAACUCGACGUUGCAGGACCAAAACCCGAAUGAGGAUACAAGUUGGAGGUUUGUUAUUGAGCUUAUUGCCGGCAUAGCGAAGGCGUUCAAGGCAUUGGAUUGGAUUCACGGUUACUGGCGAGAAAGGAUGACAUAUCAUCACCGAGAAUAUUCAGAUUUUAUACCUGAUGGGUUUCCCUACUACCGCACUCAUCUGAAAUGUACAGUACUGUCCUUCCGAAAACACGUGGACAUGCGAACAAUUUCAUUUCCCCAACAGCAUCCCUAUCUUUAUGCCAAAUUUAGUGACCCUCACUCUCGCCCUCGGCGUGGCCCUCAGCGUGG